AUGGAUGUGCACGACAUGGAAGACUGCGGUAUACUGGAUGGGCUGCUGCGCCGUUUUCAGAAAGAUAAGCCCGUGGAGUCACUCUGUGAACUCUGGCAGGCAGUGGUUGAGGACGACAGCCAGAUCCGGGCCCCAAGGUCCCUGGUGGAGAGGUUCUUGCAAUGCGCCUGCACCUGCUGCAAGAUGAGGAACUUGGAGUUGCGAAUGGCUGCUUUGGAUGUUUUCAAUGACCUGGAGAAGUAUACCAUGCUUGCGGGCUGCACGCCAACGCUGCUGGAUCAACUGCUGCCAGCGCUAUUGCACAAUAUGGCACUGGCAGAAGAG